AUGGUCAACCCCCAGGAUUUGCUGGAUUGGUAUGACGGCCUCUACUCUCGUACUGUGGACCUCGUAGGCGACUAUGCGGGCGACGAACUAUUCAUCAUCGAAGGAGACUCAUUGCUUCUCCAUUCGUUUUCAGACGAUAAACUCGACUUCUCGCCAGGUCUUCAACUGCUCCAUGCGACAUACAUCGUGGAAAACUUCCUUCGGGCUCUCCUUCAGCGGAAAUGCAAAUUUAAUCUCGCUUUCUUCAACAAACAUGCGCACUUGUGCAUUCCACGGAAUACUCCGGCUCAACUGCGCUCCAGGUAUCUCCUUGCUCGGGAGGCAAUCAUUCAACACUUCAAGUGCAAUAUUUCUCUCACGACCUCAUCCUUGGAAGUCAAAGUAUUCGACUCGUAUUCUUCUCAAGACUUUGACAAGUAUUUGGCAUCAACAGGGGCAUAUUUCUUCAUGUGCCAUGACGGCUCUUUUCCAUCAUUGCAUGUUCAAGACAAGUCGGAAGAUGACGGUGACAAUACAGCUCGUACUUCAAAACAAGACAAAGCGCCUGGUCAACCAAUGUCCCAAGAGACUCGAUUUGACUACGCUCGGAAAGUGGCAUUGCGCCGGAUGAUCCACUGGUUCAUCGGUCACAGUUACAAUAUUGCUCUCGUCACCACGGUGGAUUUCCGGGACACGAAGGUAAUGGCAAUGAUUGUCGAGGGCACCAGAAUGCGAGUGAGCCAGCCCAUGCGGACGCAAAGUAACACAUCUCAAGUAUCUGCCGCCUCCGAGGUGGAAUCCCAAGCCGAAUCCGGACCAAGAUCCCCGGACCCAGACCGCGCAGACUGUACUGAUUACCAUGCGGUCGAAAAUAACGAUUGCAACGAAAAAAGUGAGAACUAUGUACCGGACACAAUGCAGAAUGGAAAUCAAACCGAAGCGAAUAUCCACCUGCUGCUAGCAGAAACCCUCGCGGAGAUACUGAGGAUUCUCGAGCGUACGAAGAAGCCGCCUCGAUCACAACGGGAUCUGUUGGUAGUCACAGCCCUGAGUCUCAUGUUCAGAUCCGGCAAAAAUGGCGCCGCUGCUGUACGAGAAACAUGUGCAAUGCUCCUACAUACGAUCGUGGUGCGGGACUGUCGUCUCUGCGAUCGCGCUCUCGACAAUACAAGCACGGGCACCAAUUCGAGUUUCUUGACAGACUUUGUCGACAUAUCCCGCAGCAUUCUGGUGUCGGACACCUGGCAAAGAAAUGUCCUGCGUCAAGCGCUACCGUGUGACCUCGCUGAUAUGCUUGAUGGGAGGCUAUUCCUCAACAUUGCGUCCUCACUUCAGUGGGCACCCGGUCGAGCCACUCUCGGUCCUUCCAUGUUUUCGUCAUUCAACCACCUUAUGUCUCUUCUGAAAGACACUUGCGCCAUCAAUGUGCAGCUUGAGCUAGAGGCCUCGGGGCUCCCCGUUGGACAAGACGUUCGCUUCAACAUAACAACGCAAUCGACCCAGGGCACAAAGAAGAUCAUACCCACGAACGGAUGUGAGGUUCGGACCACAGUCCUCCCUUUCAAUAACCCGGUAUUCAAUCCCCACCUGGGGCCCAUACAGCUUACCAUAGACGUGUCCGCCAGUCAAGAGAACACAUCACGAAUUUUCAAGGAGCUCAGCCACUGGCAUAACCAUCGACAGCCCAUCGACCAGAAAGCCAUUCGGGCGAUGACAGAUUGGCAGAAGGCCCGUGCAAAUCGACGGAAUCAGUUUUUCAUGAAGGAGACCAGGGACUACGCCGCGAGCCUGACCAAUGCUAUCGGAGGGGUUUUGGAGCCGGAAACUAUCAUUGUAGAGAAACCAACGGGGGGCCCAGCAAAGAGACAUGGGUCCUCCAAUAGGGUGAAGCCUGAGAAAAAGACAACUCAUGUUGAAAAGAGCCAGGGCUCUCGAGCCAAUGUCAAAGAGCUCGCCACCGCAAUGGUUCUGGAGAAGCGGAGCAAGGACACAGCCAAACUGGUGGAUGCGUGGAAUGCCACGAGAAUCGAACUGGUCAAAGAGUCAAACCUCACGUCCCGCUUUCUCAAGGUCAAGAACCAUCUGAGCAGCCUGGCCGGAAACAAGCGAGAAGCGGUCGAGGCCGAUGUGUCGGUAUACAUGCUCAGUAUUCUGAUUGAGAUGUGGACAUUGAGAUGUGCGAACGAGGAACGAGCUCAUGCGAUGCCCAUCAUGGGAUUGAUUUGGAACCAAAUCCUCCAGAUCAAAAAACUAGAGCACGGCAUCACGACGAGGGUGGCAGCAUACGUAGCCAACACGAUCAAGACUCUUGGUUUGCCAGCAUUGGAGCCGCUUCAAGUCCACGAAAGGAACAGCACUGGCUCCACAACCGUAUUGUUCGAGCCCAAGAGAGACGCCGUGGGCAUUCAACUAUCUCCACUGGAAUUCCAGCUCGUCCACGCCGGCCCGUUCUUUGACCGGGACAUGGGCUCCGCGCCAGAUCGUCGAGUCCGUGAUUUUGAGCCAGACAAGUGGCAGCGAGACGUGCUGGACCAGAUCGAUCGGAAGAGGAGUGUCUUUGUUGUCGCCCCGACCAGCGCUGGAAAGACGUUUAUUUCGUUUUACGCCAUGAAGCAGAUCCUCGAGGAGGACGAUGACGGGGUGCUGGUCUACGUCGCGCCGACUAAAGCCCUUGUCAACCAGAUCGCCGCAGAGGUCCAGGCCCGAUUCUCCAAGACGUUCAAGUUUCCCGGGAAGUCGGUCUGGGCUAUACACACGCGCGACCACCGCGUCAACAACCCGACGGGGUGUCAGGUGUUGGUCACGGUCCCGCACAUGCUGCAGAUCAUGCUUCUCGCCCCGACCAAUGCGACGAGUUGGUCUUCCCGGGUCAAACGUAUCAUCUUCGACGAGAUUCACUGUAUCGGCCAGGCCGAUGAUGGAGUCGUUUGGGAACAGUUGUUGCUUCUCGCUCCGUGCCCCAUCAUCGCACUCUCAGCGACGGUCGGGAACCCGCAAGAAUUCAGCAAUUGGCUGAGCAAGACUCAGGAGACCAACGGGAUCCAACUCGAGAUGAUAGAGCAUCACCACCGUUACUCAGAUCUCCGCAAGUAUCUCUACAGUCCGCCCCAGAAGUUUCUCUUCAAUGGCCUGUUUGUCCGUCCGCAACUCCCGAGUGUUGGAAUUGACAACGCCACCGGUGUGAGUUUCAUGCAUCCCGUUGCAAGCUUGGUUGAUCGUUCGAGGGGCAUACCCGACGAUCUAACUCUCGAACCGCGGGACUGCUGGACGUUGUGGAACGUCAUGAAAAAGCAUGAGACCCAGGCAUUCCCCGUGGACGAGUCACUGAACCCUUCGAAUUGCUUGCCGCAGAUUGUACGCAAGGUCGACAUUAUCGAAUGGGAAGCCAACCUCAAGGCCCUUCUGAAGACUUGGGUAGACGACCGCGAAUCACCUUUCGAGAUUGUCCUGAGAGAGCUGGAGCAGCCCGUGAGAAGCGCACGACGAGCAGCGUUGCAAACAUCUUCGGGUAAAGUCGACGAAGACGAGAUAUCUCGCCCGGUUCAAGAGGAUGACUUCCUCGAUACCACCAUGCCUCUUAUCUGCUCGCUCCACGACGAGGCUGCCCUUCCCGCACUGUUUUUCAAUUACGACCGGAAUGCAUGCGAACUCAUCUGUCGGCGCCUCCUCCGGGAGUUGCAGACGGCAGAAUCCCGCUGGAAGGCAUCGAGCAGAACGUGGCACACCAAAAUCAGCAGCUGGGAAGCCUGGAAGCUCAACCAACAGAAGCAGAAUAAGAAGAAGGCACCCAAGAAGACCAAGGGAGGAAAUGCCGACGACGAACCAACCACACGGGCUGAGAGGAUGCGGGAGGCAAACUCGGAGGAGUCAAAUAUCCUGGAAUCUUUUAAUCCUAAUGACCCCGUGGAGGGAUUCCACCUGGCUGAUAUGAAGAAGGUCAGCGCCACCGACUUUAGGGAUUAUGCAAAGGAGCUCGAGAAGCGCUUUGUGUCGGACUGGCUGAUUGAUGCCCUGAGGCGAGGCAUCGGGGUCCAUCACGCAGGCAUGAACCGCAAGUACCGUCAAGUGUGCGAGAUGUUGUUCCGCAAGGGCUACUUGCGUGUGGUCAUAGCCACGGGGACACUGGCCUUGGGUAUCAACAUGCCCUGCAAGACGGUUGUUUUCUCUGGAGACUCGAUCUUUCUGACGGCCCUCAAUUUUCGCCAGGCGGCGGGUCGAGCGGGACGGCGAGGGUUCGACGUGCUGGGCAAUGUGGUCUUCCAAGGAAUCCCAUACUCAAAGGUCUGCCGGCUGCUCAGCUCGAGGCUCCCAGACCUUAACGGCCACUUUCCCAUCACCACUAGCCUGGUGUUACGUCUCUUCAUCCUGCUGCACGAAUCGAAACAGGCUGCGUAUGCUGUCAAGGCGAUCAAUUCGAUCCUAUCAUGCCCGCGCAUCUACCUCGGUGGCCCGGAAUCGAAACAUACCGUCUUGCAUCAUCUGCGGUUCUCUAUCGAAUACCUCCGUCGUAACCAGCUGUUGGACGUCUCUGGUGCCCCUCUCAACUUCACUGGUUGUGUGUCUCACCUGUAUUACACGGGAAAUGCAAGUUUUGCCUUCCACGCCUUGCUCAAAAGCGGGUAUUUCAGCAGACUUUGUCGGCCAAUCCAUGGUAAGAAGGGACAAGACUUGCACACCUUGAUGCUUGUCAUGUCGCACCUUUUCGGUCGUCGGUAUCUGAGACAGUCGGUUUCGGAGUCCCGCCGCAACGAAGCACGGUGGUCGUCUUCACUCGUCAUCCUUCCACCUAUGCCAAAAGAGGCAGCGAGAGUGCUGUUGGCCCACAACGACCAAACACUCGACGUAUAUUCUGCGUACGUGUCAACCUACAUUGACCAGCACGUCAAAAAACCUGACCACACCUUGCCACUCACUGGACUGAAAUGCGGUGGAGACACGCCAUUGGAGGAUAUCGGCGUGUCUGUCUCUUGCCUCCCGCCGCCUCGAAUCAACUCAGCUUUCGUUGCUCUCUCGGGCCACCGAGACGAGUGGAAGAGUGUGUCUGAUCUGUGUAAGAUGGUCCGCAGUGGUGUCUGGCUGGAGGAGGCCGUGGUUCCCUAUGUAGGGACGUACCCUGACGAGAGCGCUGCGCUGUUGAAUGCUUACCUUUACGACUUCUUCAAACAUGGCAAUGUGGUUGCCCUCGAGAAAGAGAACAGCAUUCGCAAAGGAGAAAUCUGGUUUGUCCUCAACGACUUUUCUCUUGUCCUCGCCACCAUCGUGACCAGUCUAGAAAAUUUCCUGAAGCUCUCCUGGUCAGCGGGGAACGAGACGGGCGAUAUCAUGGGCUUUGGUGACGUGCGAGAGUCGGAGCUUGAUGAUAAAGCCGUGGAAAUCAGCCUGGAUAACAAAGCCACUCCCAGCCAAUGGGCGCCGUCAAGUCAAGAGCCGUCCAAGCAGGAAUCUACCGCUACAAAGGCGGCAUCUAAUCCUGGGAAGACGAAGCUGGUUGACAGUUGGGAAGACGAAUUGAGCGACAACGACACCUCGGCCGAAACCAACGGAGCCAUCCCGGAGACCAUGGGUGACGCGUUCAAAGCUGCCAAAGCGGAGAAGAAGGGUCAUGCGACCGAUACCAGGAAUACGAAGAAACAGCCGAAGGCAUCCAAGGCAGAGACGGAAGUGUUCGAGUUUGGCGAGGAGGGAAACUUGAUGCACGUUUUGAUGGCGUUCACCAGCCUUCAGCAGGAGUUUAAUGAGAAGUUCAGGGCAAUGUGGGCAUAA